AACUAGGCGCGCGAAUUCUGUCUGUGAUUCCUGCGGCGAGACGGCGACGGCACAUAAUGGAGCAAAAAUGUCUUUUUUCGAAUUAAGAAGUUUCACGGACAUGAUGCGGACACUGGGAUAUCCGAGGUUUAUCUCGAUUGAGAGCUUCCGCCAGCCGAAUUUUCCGCUCGUGGCCGAUAUUCUGGUGUGGCUCCUGUCCAAAUUCGACAUUGACAUCCCUUCUGAGUACGAGACAGAGCAGCAAAGGGUUCUUCUCAUCCGAUCUGCGGCUGAAAUGCUGGCUCUGAAGGUGCAAAUCAAAGUGAACACGAAGAGGCUGUACCAGGCGGACAACUAUGCCGUGAAAGAGUUGCUGAAAAUCGUGACAGUGCUUUACAACGCAUUGGAAAGUGACAAAUCAGAGGACGAUGAUGACGAUGACGAAGGCGCCAGUUAUGUUCCUGUGGACAUUUCCUCAAAAAUUGAUGACAUCAAAUUAGCCCGCCAGCUUGCCUCGGACAUUACCACAAAAGGGGCCAAUUUUUACGGGUUGCUCAACAAAGAAGUUUCUUUGCGAGAAACCCGGUCAAACGCGUUGUCGAAGCACAUCGAGCUGAGCAAAGCGGAGCAGGCGGUGAAGGAGCAGACGCAAGCGGCCAAGGCUGAAAUGGAGGAGGUGCAGCGCCAGAUUCACGGCAUCGCCGGCGCCGAGGCCGCGCUCGACGCCAAAAUCGAGAAGAAGAAACUCGAGCUGGAGCGUACACAGAAACGAAUGGAGGGCAUGCAGCGAGUCAGACCAGCGUUCAUGGAGGAAUACGAGAAGCUGGAGGGCGAGCUAGCCGUCCUGUGGGAGGAGUACGUGGUCAAGCACAGGAUUUUAGCCUAUCUUGAACAGGCUAAAAAUCAGGUGGAGCAGGCCCAAGAACGACGCCACCAGGAACAAAUUGCUGCGGCGAGGAAACUGCUUGAAGCGUCCAAAACGCAGGAGCAGGAAAUGAAAUUUUUGGACAACAACUCCAUUGACAAUCUCGCAGCCAUAGAGGAUGACAGCAAACCUUUAAAAGCCCCUUCGAGAAUGGAUGUUCCAGGAACGGGACGGAGAGUUUUCGGCACGAUGUCUGGUGCCGGUUUGGAGGAGGAGGACGACGACAGUGCGAGUCUGCUUGGAUCAGACUCUGAUCUUUUGCUUGGCGCAGGUCAGGACUCGGAUUUGGGCACGGACGACGACGAUGAAAUUGCCCUCGGCGAUAAAAUGAUGGCUAACGUCGCUGCUGUCACUGCUGUAGCAAAUAAGCCUGUUGAUUUGAGUGAUGAUGACUUUUAAUAAAUAAAAUUAAAAUGUCUUAACAAAAUAUUGUUUGAAAUUUUCCCGCUUUACUGAAGGUUUAAAAUUUCUAACAAUUAUACUGCCUACUUUUGCAUGAGAGCCUGAUCAAAUUUAAAACUUUUCCGGCUAGAA